UCUUUACCUACAGAAAUGCUGUGAUUUUCCAUUGUCUGCAUAGCUGAGAUGCCUGACACAUGAAUUAGCACAAAUUCCUGAUGUGGAUAGAGGUCUGUAGUGAGAUGCUGAUUUCAGAAACUGAGACAGGACAGCCACCCCUGGUGUCAGAAAACUGUAAAGCCAACUUGGAGAUCCUUUCUGUUUGGGAACAGAAGCAUGGCCUCCUUUUCUGCAGAGAAAGAUGGUUGAUCACAAUGGUUUUGUGCAUUUCUAGCUGUUGUAAAUGUUUCCCAGCAUGGUACCUCUCAUGGGCAAGAGGAUUUUCCUGAAACUUUAAGUUUUUCUUCUCAUCUUACCCUGUUGACUCCUUGCAACACCUCAUUCCUUUGUUUAGUUUCACAUGGAGUCAAGCCUGUCCUCAGGCUGGUGUCUGCUCAGCUGCUUGCAAAGGAAUGGUUGGUUUUGUUUACCAGCUUUAUCAUUCCCCACUAAAAUCACUCCAGUUUGCAUAUGUCUUUAGUGUGUACAGACCCGUGGAUGGUCCCUUGUACUUAAGGAAGUAUAAAUUAUAUUGCACCAGGUGCAGACAAAGGUGAGCAGGAAAUGAUGAGGGAAAUGGAGAGUUUGGCCCAUGAGGGAAGAAGGGCUUGGCUGGUCUAGCCUGCAAAAGGGAAGACCCCAUAGACUGAAAAGGAUUAUCAGGGCUAAAGAGAUUUGGCAUAAAUGGCCAUGAGUGGUUAAGACAGAAAUUAUGAUGUUAACCAUUGAGGAAAUCAGACUUUAGGACAGACAGACAGACAAAAAAAAAAAAAAAAGUAUACUGGAGUCUGAGGUAUAUCUAAGGUGUGUCCAAUGAUUGCGUUGUAAUGCUGUAUGAUGGUGUUGCCCAGAAGAUGAUUGUGACUUCUUCUCUUGUGUCUCCUGUUGCCCAAAAAUGAUCAGGAGUGUCCGUCCUCCCUUUUUCUUACUGAGCUGUGCAACAUCCAGCUGACAGCAGGGCUCUGCUCAGCCCCGGCACUAUUGAGGACCAGCAUGGACAAAACGGGUGGGAAAACAAAGGGCUUUUCUUCAGGUACUCCUGUAAUCUGAUCUCUGCGAUGACUCAGCCUCUUCUAACAACAGCUGUCUCACAAACCAUGCAGUGGUGGGAGAGCAGCUGCUGCCACUUCCUGAUUUCUUCCUUGGGAGAGAUCUAAGCUGGGACAUGAUCAGAGCGUUUAAAUGGACUUGUCAGUCCCAGGAACGGCAGACUUUGGGAGAGGGUACAGAGGAAUAAAGGCACCAGGAAAGAGCCCACAAGCCACUUAUGCAGAGCUGCUGCUAUCGAACUGAUGAAGACAGAAACUUGUGACAGAAAACUGCACGGAAAGUUCCUGUUAAGGAAAGGAGGGAGGUUUUGUUUACAUGUCAUGGCUCACCUACCUCACAAACCCUGAAAGUGCUGUAAAAACUGAGAAGUGUAAAAGGGAUCCUCAGGUGUACCCAUGGAAAAGACAGAUGACCAGAACUGCCAGGAUCCACAUGAAGAGGACAACCCAAAGAGUUCUCCAUUUGGCUUUGUUAUAAAACAGUUCCAAGGAAAGAAGUGUGCUCCCGAAGAAAGGAAAGAGCAGCCUUCAGCCAUCAAACAGUUCUUCAAAGGCUUUGACUUUGGGAAAUCUGAAGGCAAGGACAGCAGGGAAAUUGAAGAAACAGAAAUAAACAAUGCUGGAGCUGAUGAUCAGAGUGAAAAGCAAGAUCUCCCUGUAGAAGAUGGACUUUCACAUCUUGCUUCUGAAGCAGAGUCACCAUCUGGUGAGCAGAGAUUUAACCAGUUCAUGGAGAAACUGGGAAGGAAACCCAACAGCAAGAAUCUGGACCUAAAUAAUUGUGCACUAAGUGCAGCAGAUGUAACAGAGCUGGCUUCUUUGCUGCCCUUUCUCCCAGAGCUGGAAGAGAUCAGCCUGUCCUGGAAUGGUUGUGUUGGAGGGACUUUGAAAGCCCUCACUGCCCAUCUCCAUCACGUGAACCUGUUAAAAGUCCUCCGACUUAACAACUGCAGGCUGACAGCUGAGGAUGUCAUCUCCUUAGGAGAGGCAUUUGAAAUUGUUUCUCAGCUCGAAGAACUGGAUUUAUCAUGGAACAGUAACAUAGGUGGAAAACUAUCACUGCUGACAAAAAAACUUCAGGAAAGAUGCAAAUUAAAGUGUCUGAAAAUUACGGACUGUAACCUGACAGCAAAGGAUGGAGAAUCCCUUGCUGAAAUUCUAGAUGUGAUCCCAAACCUCGAAGUAUUAGAUCUCUCUAUCAACAAAAACAUUGGCUGCAGCAUGAAGGUUAUUGCUCAAGAUCUGAAAAAUGUGCCAGGCUUGAAAGAGUUAAAUUUGCACAUGUGUGGAUUAAAGCAAGACAGCCUCCAGAGCUUAGACACUGCUCUACAGCACCUUGCAGAGCUAAGGAAAUUAGACAUCUCCUGUAACAGAGAGAUUGGUGGUGGCUUUAAAGCCUCAACAGCUCAUUUGGCCAGCUUGACAAAUCUGGAAGUGCUGGAUCUUCACCAGUGCUGUGUCACAGAAGAGGACAUGACUGUUUUGUCCCAGGUGAUACCUUUACUCUCCAGUCUUCAGGAGCUGAAUUUAUCCUCGAAUAAAAAUAUAGGAGCCUCAUCAGAGCCUCUUCUGGGCAGGCUCAGGUUCUUACCAAAGCUGAGAUCUGUGACCAUCAGCAAUUGUGGCUUAGGUGAAGAGUCCCUUUCAUCACUAGCUGAGGCUGCCCUUCACCUUCCUGAACUGGAGAUUUUAGACCUUUCUUGGAAUAAGUGCGUUGGUGGGAACCUAAAGCUGCUUUUGGGAGCACUAAAGCUUGCAACAGAGAUUCAAGUGUUAAGACUGAGCAGCUGUAACCUGGUGGAUGAAGAUUUGGCACUUCUAACAUCCCUGAGGCAAGAUGGCCAUUUAGCCAGAUUGCAGAAGCUGGAUUUGAGUUAUAAUAACAACAUCUCUGACGAAGGCUGGGCUGUUUUCUGCCAAGGUUUAGGAGCAUUCAAGGAACUCUCAGAGCUGGAUGUGAGCCUCCGGCCAUCGUCCUGCCGGGACUGCGUGCCGUGGUUCAGGGAGUUGUUGGCAGCACUGACACAGCUGCCAGCCUUGGCAGAGCUGGGCAUGCAAAGAUGGGCCCUCUCAGAGUCCCAGAGGAAGCAAAUGGAAGGCUUUAAUCAAGACAACAAGAGAAAUAUUCGUUUUGACUGUUGAUGAAGGUUGGAGGUGUCUGGCAGGCCUUUUGGGAGCAGCACAUGAACCAGGCAUUAUGUGUCUCUGACUUAGAAGACUGCAGUUUUUAAUAAUCUCUUGAAUUAGAGAAAAUCGUUAUUUGACCUUCUGCACCAUAGAUCAUUCCAUUUAAUAACAUUCUUUCAGAUUCUCUGGACCACCUUUACACUAUUUAAUCUUCAUGUUGAGGAUACUGCCAAGGCCACUGCCCACAGAGCAGUGCUGGGGUCAGAGGGACACACUGCAGGUUUGGCCAUGGAGGGAAGGGCUGGGGUUUGUGUUAGUGCAGGUGGGUGGGCAGUGGAAAAUACCUCUAACUUGAAAAUACUUGAAACUUCCAUGUUUUAAAUUUUAGUUUCUUCUCCCUCCAAACUUUUGCCUCUUUGUGAAUUAAUUAAAUCGUAACUGGAAGAUUUGGCAUCCAUCUCAACAACUCAACAUUAGAUUAGUCCAGGAAGGAGAAUACAGAAGGAGCUGGCCUGCCUCUGCUCUGGCCUUUGGUGCCAUGUCAUAGUGUAGAUGAAUCCUGUACAGAGAAUCAGCAUAAAAUCAAGGUAAGAAACACUUAAUUGGUGUCUUUGAAAGUCUCAGAGGCAAGGAAAAAACUAUGGUACAUUAAAUCAGAGAUGUGUCCAGCUACUUUAGCAAGAAUUUUUGAUACAGAGCAAUUAAUAAGUGCCAAAUUCUGGCACAGUUACUUGUGUCAUGGAGCAUGUUAACCCACACGUGAGCUCCAGGACUGCAGUGGGAUUAUUCAUUGGUAAGGUAUUUUAGGAAGUAAAGGUAUUAGAUCUGCCCACUGAGUGAGGAGUCUUAGAGAAAUCCUGAGGCAGCUUGAGGGAUAAAGUACUGCUCAAUUAGCUCUGAGCAUCUCUACAUGCUGCAGCAAUCUCCUGGAGGAGAGGCACAACAGGAUCAUUCAGUGGCAAUUUCCUACCUUGCUAAGGUUCCCCUCAGCAAGUUCUCUCCUGCAGAUGCUGAUCAAUAUUCAGCUUUCAGUCCAUACAACCCUUCCAACAUCAGCUUUUGCCUGUUCAGAGCUAUAACCAGCAGCUGACUGUGCUGUGCUGAUACCUAUUGAUCAUUUAAUCCAUGAUUUCAUGUAAGAGUCACCCUGGACUUCCUGGUUCCACUUUCAGCUACACUUGCAAAGUGCACUUGGCUCCCCCAGCUUGGAGAAAUGGGAUUUCAACUGGAGUCUCUUGGUCAGGGGCAGCAGGGAAUUGCUGAGUAGGAUCUAAAACCUCUGAAGAUAAAGCAAAGAUCCCCCGCUUCAUUUAGGGCUAAAAAGAGAGAUUUUCAAGCAGUGACUUAAGCCAGGACAGUUGUUCUAAUGAGGAAAUACCAUCAUGUUUGUUUAUCAGCAUCACACCAACUUUUAUCACUUGUCUUCAUGUGAUUUUCCUCCUCAAAUCCACCUUUGAGCCAACUCUGAAGUUAUCUUUUCUCUGGUCCAUGAGAAUUUCUCUGAAUCCUUUCCCAUUUGAACCUCUCUCUGCAGUUUAAUGUCCAUGUUCUGUUCAAAUCUUCCUAGCUGAACUCAGCUUCAGUGUUGGGGUUUCUUGUUUUUUCAUAGCUGGAUUCCUCAUUCUCAGCCCCAGAGCACAGGACACUGGCAAAAUCUCCCCUGCUCCUGAUCCCCCUGCUCAGUCCCUUGCCCUCUUACUAUUCUGUCCUGCCAGUUGUGCCACUAAAAAGCUUUUGUUCCUCUUAUCACCUCUACUAAAUGUCUUGUCAAUCUGCCAAUCUGCACAGAAAUCUCUCUUCCAAUGAUUUCCUCCUUGGCAGUUUAUGAUUCAUCCUUUUCUCUGUUCUACUUUGCCUUCAUUUAGGGUGAAAAAAAUUUCAUUAGACAUUUCCAAACAAUCAGAACAGCCUCAGUUACCCAGUGAAAUGGAAAAUCAGGACAGAGCCGUCCCACUUUGCUGCAGUCCCAGCUCUCUCCUGCCAAUGAGCAUAUUAAUGAGAUUUCAGUACCAAUCAAGAGCCAAACAGAAAUGAGUUCCACGCCCUGGAUGCAGAUUCAGAGAGCACUACCUGCAGAUGGAGGGAAGAGCUGGUUCAGAGACCCUGCCCUCAUCACUGCCUCAGGAUGCACCACCUUCCCUGAGGCCAGGGGAGGGAGAGCAGGACUGCAGUUCUGACCAGCCAGUUAAACUAAACAAAGGGUUCUGCUCCCACCCACUGCAUUUUGUCCCUCACUGUGGCUGGCCCCAGUCCAGCUCCAUGCUCUAUAUAUACUGCAAAUGAAACUCAGGGGCUUAAGGGGUAGCUGAGCAAUACAGAAGAAAAACUAGACAAAGACAUUGUGUGUGUGGGACAAACAGCUGCCUGCCUGUCAAGUGCUGUGGAAAGACAGAGUUGCACAUAAAUUUGGCUUGCAAGAAUUGUAGCAAUAUUAUGUUUGUCAUGGUUCUUUUUAAUAACAAAGGUGUUAUGAUGUGUCAGAACCAGAAUCAUGGUGGAAAUUGCAUCCUGCACAUCCAUGCUUUCAAAUAAGCCUGUCCUACACCGACACAUCCCAAACUGUCACCAAGCCAUCUCGGACAGGAGCAGUACCACUGAGGAAGUGACAGCUUGCAGUCAUCCAGAGUGCUGUAACUGCAGAUUGCCAAAACAUCAGUGAACAGUUUUGCAGAAGUGUGGAGAUACCUUCAAACAGCUUUUGACACCUCUGUAAGACAGGAUGGUGAUGCAGGUCCUGGUAGAAAUGUGUGUUCUGCCUGUCUGGAAUCCUACUCUGUACUGCCAAACAAGGUACUGAUCAUUUCCACAGGUAAAGUCCAUAAGCAAGGUUUAUAAACUGUGAUAUUGUUGGGAUCAUUACUAAACACAGAGAAACAACAUGAGUUUUGAAGCCUGAGCUUUGAUAUUACUCCUGUUGUGACAGUUCUGGCCUGAUGCUGCACUUUGUACCUAAAGAGAUUAAGAGUCCCUUCAGUCCUGCCUUUGGGAGCAGAUGAAGUCCAUGGAGUUUCCAUCUUGCAGCAGAACAAGGUCUUGCCUCUUCUAUUGCUCCUGCCUGCAAUUUGCUUAUGUCUUCUGGCAGACAUUUAAUUCCUUUAUCUUGUCCCAACCAUAAUCUUUCUAAUGACUCCAGGAUAAAGUCUCUCC